AUGGUGCCGCCAGUGCAGGUCUCUCCACUCAUCAAGCUCUGCCGCUACUCCGCCCUGUUCCUCGGCGUGACCUACGGAGCCAAGCGCCACAGUUACCUGAAGCCGCGGGCGGAGGAGGAGAGGAGAGUGGCUGCCGAGGAGAAGAAGAGGCAGGAUGAGCUGAAACGGAUCGAGAGGGAACUGGCAGAAGCCCGGGACGACAGCAUCCUGAAGUGA